UGUGGUAACAGUAUAAAUACAACCUCAAACAGCUAGCCUGUUUCAUUUGUGAUUUUCUCCAUUCCUGAAGGGGUGUUUUAAGUUUAUAGGAUUAAAUAAGCAGUUGGCCAGAUAAAAUGGCAUCCAACCUCGUCAGUAUGUUCCUGCAGCAAGCAAUGCAAUCUCGAUAUCCUUCCCCCAGUGGGCCAACAGUUACUCCAUUUCCUAACUUUGACGCAAGUGCUGAUGCUGCUGCAUUAAAUAAUGCACUCCAGGCAAAAGGUGUGGAUGAAGAAACCAUUAUAAACAUUCUGACAUCCCGCAGCAACUGGCAACGUCAACAAAUAGCAGCUGAAUAUCAACAAAGUGUAGGGGAGCAACUGACAAAGGUCUUGAAGAAGAAACUGUCUGAUAAACUGGAGACUGUGGUCCUUGGCCUGAUGAGAACACCUGCUCAAUUUGACGCCGAUCAGCUACGUGAUGCUAUUCAGGGUUUUGGUACUGAUGAAGACUGUCUAGUAGAGAUAUUGGUAUCUAGGAGCAACAAAGAGAUCAAGGAUAUCAUUAAAGCAUACAAAGAAGAAUUUGGCAGUGAAUUGGAGGACAAGAUCAAGGGUGAUACAUCUGGGGAUUUCCAAAAGGCUUUAGUUGCACUACUUAAGGCAUCUAGAGAUGAAGGUUGUACAGUGGAUCAUGACCUUGCUGAUAAUGAUGCAAGGGCUUUAUAUGAAGCUGGUGAAAGAAGGAAAGGGACUGAUGUUGACACCUUCAUUAGAAUUCUUACAAGCAGAAAUGCUGCACACAUGCAAACAGUGUUUGAGCGAUACACAAAAUAUAGCAGUCAUGAGAUUGGCAAGGCCUUGGAUCUUGAACUGAAAGGGGACAUAGAAAAUGCUCUGAUAUCUUUGGUACGAUGCAUUGGAAACAAACCGGAUUACUUUGCUGAAAAGCUGUAUAAUUCCAUGAAGGGCUAUGGUACAAAAGAUAAGGUAUUGAUCAGAAUUAUGAUUUCCCGCUCUGAAGUGGAUAUGAACGACAUCAAAGCAGCAUACAAAGCUAAAUAUGGAAAAACACUUUACAAAGCUAUCAAGGAUGACACUAAGGCAGACUAUGAGAAAAUCCUGUUGGCUCUAUGUGGAAGUGAUGAAUGAUUUUUUUUGGUUCAUAUGGACCAAAUGUCUAUGUAUGCUCAUCUUUGUCAUUUCCAGUAACCAUGUAAUGAAGCUGAAUUGUAAUACUGCUACGUCAAUAUUUCAAUGUCAUGGUAUUGAAUACCUUUAAUGGUGCAAAUAAAAAGUCCUGAAUUGUC